CAGGAAAUUCUCUCUUUUACUGGCUGGCUCACUCUCUCCCUAUAUAAACCCACCCAGCCAAAACCCAACCCAUUCACCACCCUUUCUUGUCUUCCCCUUUCCUCCAAAACGACACCCCACAACAUGGCUCGUAGGAGCGAAACGACACUACCCACAUUCCUCCUCCUCUCCCUCCUCCUCCUCUUCUCCUCGGUUUCGGGUCGGCCCCCGUUCGCCUGCGACCCGAAGAACCCGGCGACGAGAGGCUACAAAUUCUGCCGGGUCCGGGUCCCGCUCCACGUCCGGGUCAGGGACCUCAUCGGCCGGCUCACCCUGCAGGAGAAAAUCCGGCUGCUGGUCAACAAUGCGGCGGCGGUUCCCAGGCUCGGCAUCCAAGGAUACGAGUGGUGGUCGGAGGCCCUCCACGGCGUCUCCAACGUCGGCCCGGGGACCAAGUUCGGCGACGGCUUCCUCGGCGCCACCAUGUUCCCUCAGGUCAUCACCACCGCCGCUUCCUUCAACCAGUCCCUCUGGCAGCAAAUCGGCCAGGUGGUGUCGGAUGAGGCGAGAGCAAUGUACAACGGCGGGUCGGCGGGGUUGACGUUCUGGAGCCCGAACGUGAACAUAUUUCGUGACCCGAGAUGGGGCAGAGGCCAGGAAACCCCCGGCGAGGACCCGUUUCUCGCCGGGAAGUACGCCGCCAGCUACGUCAAGGGCCUACAGGGCACGUCGGGGAACAGGCUGAAGGUCGCCGCGUGUUGCAAGCACUACACGGCGUACGAUCUUGACAAUUGGAACGGUGUGGACCGGUACCAUUUCAAUGCAAAGGUGAGCAAGCAAGAUUUGAAAGACACAUACGACGUCCCGUUUAAGUCGUGUGUGGUGGAAGGAAAUGUCGCUAGCGUGAUGUGUUCGUACAAUCAAGUGAAUGGCAAGCCCACUUGUGCCGAUCCUGACCUUCUGAAGGGCACCAUCCGCGGCCAAUGGCAUCUUAACGGGUACAUAGUGUCGGAUUGUGACUCGGUCGGUGUCCUGUACGACAACCAACACUACACCAAAACACCUGAAGAAGCCGCUGCAGCCACCAUCAAAGCGGGCCUGGACUUGGACUGCGGCCCGUUCCUCGCAGUCCACACGGAGAGCGCCGUCAAGGGCGGGCUUCUUGUCGAGGAAGACGUCAACAUGGCGCUGGCCAACACUUUGACGGUCCAGAUGAGAUUGGGCAUGUUCGACGGUGAGCCCUCGGCCCAGCCCUUUGGUAACUUGGGCCCAAGAGAUGUCUGCAGUGCGGCCAACAACCAGCUCGCCCUCGACGCAGCCCGACAAGGCAUCGUCUUGCUUCAGAACCGCCCCGGGGCCCUCCCACUCUCCGUGGCCCGUCACCGCACCAUCGCCGUCAUCGGACCGAACUCCGACGUCACCGUCACCAUGAUCGGAAACUACGCCGGCGUUGCUUGCGGCUACACGACACCGCUCCAGGGAAUCGCCCGUUACUCCAGGACCCUUCACGAAAACGCCUGCGCCGACGUGUCCUGCGGCGGCGCCCAGCGAUUCGGCGCGGCGGAGGCCAUAGCCCGGCAGGCGGACGCGACGGUUCUGGUAAUGGGCCUCGACCAGUCCAUCGAGGCCGAAUUCAGGGACAGGGCCGGGCUGCUACUGCCAGGUCAUCAACAGGAGCUCAUUUCCAGAGUGGCCCGUGUGUCGAAAGGCCCAACCAUAUUGGUCCUGAUGAGCGGAAGCCCAAUCGACGUCACCUUCGCCAAGAACGACCCGCGCAUCAGCGCAAUCGUAUGGGCCGGGUACCCGGGCCAGAACGGCGGGACCGCCAUCGCUGACGUCAUCUUCGGGCAGACCAAUCCACAUGGGAAGCUGCCGAUGACGUGGUACCCGCAAGACUACCUCGCCAAGGUGCCAAUGACGGACAUGGGCAUGCGACCCGACCCGGCGAGAGGCUACCCGGGUCGGACCUACCGGUUCUACAAGGGACCCGUGGUGUUCCCGUUCGGGUUCGGGCUGUCCUACACCAAAUUCGCCACGUCACUGUCCGAGCUGGCACCGAGAAAAGUCAACGUGCCCUUUUCCACCCUCACUGCUCUGCAACAAAACACCACUUCCUCUGCCUCUUCUUCUUCUCCUCCUCCUCCUUUGUUGGGUUCUUCUCAGGCGAUUCGGACCAUCCACUCGAACUGCGAGAGCGACGCGAUGUCGUUGGACCUCGACGUCGACGUGCACAACGCGGGCGGCGUGGACGGGACCCACACGAUGCUGGUGUUCUCGAGCCCGCCGAAACAGGGUGGGGAGUGGUCGAUGGAGAAGCAGCUGAUCGGGUUCGAGAAGGUGGAACUGGCGGCCGGGUCGAGGAAGCGGGUUCGGGUCAAUGUUCGGGUUUGUAAGCAUUUGAGCGUGGUGGAUCGGAAUGGGAUUCGAAGGAUCCCGUUUGGGCAGCAUCACGUUCACAUUGGAGAGCUCAAGCAUCCGAUUUCGGUCCAGUUGAGCAAACUUGGAGUCAAUUGAAAAGUGAUGAAGGUUAAGUUCAAGAUUUGAUUUUUAUUCCUUGGCAAAUGUAAGAUAUAGAAGGAAGAAGGAAUUGGAGACAGAAACAAGGUAAACAAGAUUAUUAGAAUACAAGUAAAAGGAAUUGGUGAAAGAAAAUGGGGAGACAGAAUAAGAGAGUCUAGUAGGUAAGCUGCCAGCUUUGUUUAUUAAAGGAUUCCUCUGCUGGUUGCAGUUUCUUGUUACAUAGGAAUGCAACUGUGGAUAGAAUUGAAGCUUGUUUUGUUGUUUGGUUUUUUUUUUUACCUUUUUACUGUAAACCCUGAAGUAUUGUUGCCUCAAGAAAUCCGAGGCUCUAUUAAUGGAAUGUGUAUUAGUUUGAAGUGUCUGGUUUUAAUUUUUUA